GCCGUCGACAGCAGCAGUGCGUUUCCGCGGUUGUGGACGAUCCGCUCCGGAACCCGGGUACAACAGCAGAAACUUUUGCGUGUUUUUUUAAAUUAACACACACUAAUUGUGUUCGUUUGUCUCCGUGCGUGACCGUGAGUGAGUGAGUUAGUGUAAUAUCGAUCUGAGCGUAAGUUAAGACACACCAAAAUCGCUACCGUGAACAGUUGGCAAGCGAACGAAUCUUUAGUGAGUAACCGAGAAAGGAUCAAACCAGGAACCAGCAAACCAACCACCGCAAAAUGGCCGCAUUCGUCGCGAAGCAAAUGGUCGGCAACAAGCUGAACGCCGUUAAAGGAGCUGCUGGAGGCGCUGUUGGAGGUGACGGAGGCGACGACGAGAAUGACAAAGAGAAGGAAGAGGAGGCCGAGCGCGAGCGCCAGGAGGCGAUCCGCGAGGCCGAGGAGCGGCGCAAGGAGAAGCACCGCAAGAUGGAGGAGGAGCGGGAAAAGAUGCGACAGGAAAUCCGAGACAAAUAUAACAUAAAGAAGAAGGAGGAGAUCGUUGAGCAGGCACCCCAGGAAGAACCGAAUCCACUGAUGCGGAAGAAAAAGACGCCCGAGGAGCUGGCGGCCGAGGCGGAACAGGAGGAUCUAGACGACUUCACGAUUUCCUCCUAUUGCUCUAUUGCUCUGCCUUCUAUCGCUCACACUUAGUGUUGACGGAUCGGUUACGAAACGCUUCGCUAACCGGGUAACCAUUGUUGCAUGCCCGUUGCAAGCCAAAUGAGAAGACAAAACAAACAUCGAAUUGCAGUAUCUUCAAGUGCACUUCCGAAGAGAAUAUGAAUAUGAGCCCCUCUAUCCUGCCCCAUGGAAGGAUAGACCCAAGCAAACAAACAAACAUUGAAACAAAAAAAAUGUGUGAAGCCCGCACGAACGAGUGAUAAUUAUAUGAACAAAAGAAGACGAAGCAGCAGAAGAAGAAAAGCGUUGUUUUGGUGUCGGUUCUAUUGUUAAAGACGAAUAGUAGAGAGCUUACCCUGUCACUCGAUUGGCUGCGCUCUUUCUUCACUGUCACUCACUCUGUCUGUCGCUCCAGCUGUUAACUGUUACUUUUUGGCGCUUCCUAACUGUCCUGAACAUGAACCACUUCAACACUACAACUGCCAGCCACUCGUUCGGGCGCCUCUAGAGCGCUGCUUUCCUUUCCCUUCCACGUGCUUCCUGCUCCGGGAAGUUCUCAGCGGGCAGGCGGGCGAGCUCUGCUCUGCAUUCCCUAGCCCGGUUCUUUUCCUUUCCGCUGAUCACUGAUGCAAUUGUAUGUCGUUGGUUGGUUCGAUCGUUGUUUUUCUUCGUUCAUUCGUUCGUUGAUAGUUGAUACAAUAAAUGUGUAAAAGAGCAAUAAAAACAAGCAGAAGCGUUAUCCAGUAACACAUAAGCGAAGCACCCCAAGAAUCGAAUUCUGGAUGCCUAUAACCUGUAUAUGUUUAUCGAGCAACGGAUGGGGGAGGUGUAAACAAAAUGCCACACAACGCAAACACACAACACGACACACCCACACACACUAGCCUAGGUUUAUACGUUUCCGUUUCCGCCGCCUCACAGUGUAUGCGUGGCCGCUGUCCCUUCGUUUACCUUUCUCGCUCACUCAACCCGCUCCCAUUGUUUCCCCCGUUGUUUGCCACUGUGGCACAGCCCCCCUCUGGCCUGACCCUGUAUGUGUACCUACCGUCGCUCAUUGAUGUCGUGUGUGUGUGCUAGUAGUGAAUGUAUUAUAGAUAUAAAUGCAACCAUGCAAGAUGCAACAAUAUAAAUGAAUAAAGAGACACGAGCCCGGCGCGCGUAAAGCAAUAGACAACAACCACACAGGAAGUGGCCACCCAGUGGGCGAGGAAAACCGUAGUACGCGGCAGCAUUAUUAAGAGCGUGUGCGUGCGAUGUAUUAAAAGCCAAUAAUCUAGGCAGUGUUGUUAAAAAUGCAAAAAUGCAUAGCUCAUAUUGCGGAUUGAUGUUACACCUCCCACUCUAACUCUCACACAUACACCCCUCACCAGACACACAUACACACGUACACAAUACAACAGAAAUACAACAUUCAACGCAAUCGUUCGCGAAUUGAGCGUCUCUCUUUCUUCUGCUCCAAUCUGUUCUCUAAUCUUCUAAACGAACCACGGGUCGCGAGGGAACCAGUAAAAAACGGCAGAACAAACGACAUGAGUAAAGUUUGCGCAAACGAAAGAAACAACAAGAGCGGAAAAUGAAAGAACAAAACCCACGAACAACACACAUGGCAAGGUGUAGCGAACAACACUGUCGAAAAAAUGGUGUAACAACGACAGGGAUACCGCGAAAGCCGACAGUCAAAUAAACGACCAAAAUCAAACCGAGGGGUUGGUCCCGUUCCCGGGAGUAUCCGCCGGGAAUCCGCACGUGUUCCCACGCGCGCUCUUUCGUGUUGUUUUUCUGCUGCGACCUGCGACUUGGUUGGUGAAUACCGUUGUUGUUUGGGCCCUUCUGUUCUGUUCCACCAGCAAAACAACAGACCACACAGACACACCACCGCCGUAAGUACGCCGUUAGCCCGCCACAGGACACUAUCAGCAUCUGCCACACGCGCCAUACAGACACAUAACCAGCUCGUCCUUAGAACUAGCUCAGCGCUACUUCUCGCUCUAUUCUCUCCUUUGCAUUUCCUUGAGCUCUCUUUGAAUAUUGAAAACGAAAAAAAAAACGUAUAUAUCUACAUAUUUAUAUAUGAAAAUACAUAUAUGAACAUAUUUAACAGUACUAUCUGCAAGUCAAAGACACUCUGUGCGUGUGCGAGUAGAACAAAACCGGGCAGUUUAGCGACCGUCCGCCUAGGGUCAUGCAUUUAAAUUCUCAUGUAGGAGCAAAUCACGUAGCUUUACUCUGUCUAGCGCGCGCCACUGGCCACUAGCGGAAGCAGCUUCCCCGUGCGGCGACCAGCCGUUUCUCACGCUUCAGUCACUGCAGUCUUGGCAAAGGCACACGACCAUUGAACACAAGAGCAAACAGAACAACACGCCACAGGACAGAAAAUUAGAAAACAAAACACAUGAUAAGCGAAAUUGCUGGAGUGAUGCAAUAGACCAAAAACAAACCAAAAUGGAACCGGUAGUCGAAACGAACAACAAGUAGACCAAAUCGAAGCAGGAAACCAUUAAAACGUACCACGUACACAUCACAGCCAGCAGCGCAUUUCAGACAACAGCAUCAUCACCACCACCACCAAUACUAAUACUUCUAUUACUACUACCGAUACAACUACACCACCACAGCCACAACAACAACCACCACCACCAACAGGCACUAGGCAUCGUUUGUUUAUAAUUGUUGAAAUGAAACGGUUUAAAUAAAAUGAAGAAAAAAAACGUUACACAUUGAAAAACUGAGAUGGAAAAUGGAGGAAUAAAACCAAAAACACGGGAGACCCUGUUGAAACCUGUCGUGCUUUCAAUCUUUCCUUCGAUUUUUUUUUCCUUUCGCUUCACGCAGCUUCACUCAGCUUUCGUUUUCUUUUCUGCAUUCGUGUCUCAUUGUGUUUGCGCCUCCAAUCCGUUACACUAUUAAAACGCUUCAUCCUUCAGCUUCUCACUACUUCUUCGCCCGGGACACCGGGACACGCUCUUGCGGAGGUGUCCUACUUUUAGAGGUCCCGAGUUGCUGUCCAUUUCUUUUUGGUUCGCUUCAAAACACACACGGUAAGGAUGAACCACAUUCGCCGAUCGAUACCGCUGCACAAACACAUACAUCAAACGCCUCCCCCGGGAUACAAAGCCCCGACACCCGGACCGAUCGCGUCGUUCCGUCGUAUAAGAAACCAUAGACGAAACGAGCAAAGACAAAGGGCAAACAAAGGCAAUUUAGGUUCCGUUUUCUGCAAAAACAUAAAGACUUUUUAAAGAAAGAACAAUAUUAAACGAUUGAAAGACAAAUGCUACACAAGAGUGAAGUGAGGUAAUAAAAGAAAACCAAUAUACAUGUCAAUUACUAUGCGAAAACGAGAGUAAGAAAGUUUAAGCAAAAAAUAAAACAUGCCACAGUGGGCAUGAGUAUAUACACGUAUUAAAGAACGCUUAGAGCGAAACAAUAGCGAACACACCGUGAGAAGUCGGCAAUGUUUCGGCUGGCAGUUUCAGUUAACUUCUCCUCUGGACCACUCUCUCUCUUGUUUGUUGUGUAUUAGUUGUUAGUUUGAAGCAUUCAAAUUAAUGUUUUGUUCAGGGAAAGCAGGAAGGUGAAGUAACACUGUUAUCGUAGUUUGAAGCCCUACUCAAAACCCCCUUGUUUAUGUAGAACCCGUUUGCGUUCGGUGCCCUGUAGAAUGAUGUAAAGAUGAUUCGAGUUUCAAACAGUAGAACCAAAACAAGUCGUAGAAGUAAAACUAACCAUAAUUAGUCAACCUAGCUCGAGCGUGAAAGCAAUAAGAGAAGCAAAAUGAGGCGGGUUAACAGAAAAAUGUCGUCAAAUGAAGGAAGUCAAAUCGAGAACAUCGGCACAGGGAGUGGUUCAGCGGCAGGAAUGGAAUCGGUUUUGCUGUUAAAGAAACGUAGCCUACUCUAUCAUAGUGCACCGCAGUGUGCCACUUGCUUCAAUCUAUCACGUAAGGUGCAGGUUUCGUUCAUAGUAAUGCACUGUAGCGAUAGGGAGUCUGGCCAACAGGUUUUGGUUUCAAAACGAGAUAGUAUUGUUUGCAUCGCAACAUCCCCCAUUCGCGCUUAACUCGCUCGUACUAACGCAUUUGCCUAGUGGAAUAAGUUGGCCAUAGGCGGAACUAUAAGCAUGUACUGAACCGUUUUCACCACCUCCAACGCAUGUCUACUGUGCCCGACUCAACUAUCGAAUUGUUAGCCUCACUACUAACACUAUACACUUUAAAGCUGGAGUGCACGCUCGCUGACGGCCAGCGCAUACCCUUUUCAACGUAUUGUAUAACCUACUAUCAACACUGCAAACACUUACUGCAUACUACGUAUUAGUCCAAAAAAGAAACAUUAAACCGCAGCCUAGCGCUUGGAGGGCGACGAUUGCUAUACAUACCAACUAUAAUACUCAUGUCAUGCGUAGUGCUCACCGAGCCGGAGUCAGUCAGGGAACACACCAGAGGGCCGGCCAAAAGGAUAUAUAAAUGAAAUAAAGAGAAAAUCUCGAAACGCUCACGCUUCCAUUCACGGCCGAACAGCAGUGCCUAAGAUUGGUGGAAAAUGGCGCAACACGGGAACAUGCCGUAUGUCGGAUGUGUGGCUCUAGCGAAG